GUUCCCUCGGUCACGUGACCAAGCCUCUUUCUGCGAGCGGAGCAGCCUGGAGUCAAGCUCACUAGCAGGGAGGCGAAGGAGGACAUGAACACCGAGAGAGCGCGCUGAACAUCUGCGACCCAGAUACACACACACACACACACACACACUCACACAUAUCAGCGUCUGAUACAGACUGGAUGAAGGAAUGAUUGAGUUGUAUGCUCUGUUCGUGGGAAAUGUGAGAAUGAACAGAGAUGAGCGCUUUGGCACACAGGAGCAGUGAAACUGCACCGAAUUCUAGCAGCAGAGCAGAAAUGCCGCGUGAACGGCCCCGGUUUCUCAGCGCACUUGUGUCUUCCAGCGUCGUGAAUGGAGGAUAUGUAGUGAGUGAGUAGCUUGUGAGGCGGCUGGACCUGUAAGUUAGCUGCCGGACGACAUGAGGGCGGCGUGGGCAAACUUGGCGGCGCUGCUGCUGCUCUGCACUUGUGCAGGCGUGCUGCACUUCUGGAGCGGCUUGGAAAAGAGGCUGGAGAGGAACACGAGGAGCGUCCCCGAUCACAGCGGACAUCCCGCCUAUCCCGACCCAUCUCCGGACCUUUCGGGAACUUUUCGAGCUUUACUCGCCGUUCCGACUGGCUCCAGAUUACAGUCAGUUCGCAACGCUAGCGAUGGUGAAACGGUCUCAUUAGGGAGUAAAGAUAACCCACAUCGAUUUGAGUUGACAGAGCGGGAGCUCCACGCAGCAGAAAACCAAAGCGAGCAGUUUCUAGAGGACGGGAUCUUCUGGAGUCACCGUCUCGAGGAUGGGGUGUCGGUGGGCUUUGUGGAGGAAGACGCCCGCGCGUGGAGAGAGCGAGUCCGCCGCGGCCGGGUCGUGUCUCUAGAGCCGGGCUGCGGCAGGACGUCCAACCAGCUGGCCACGUUCUCGGACGGAUCCCGCGCGUGUGUACGUUACGGCAUCAACCCCGAGCAGGUGCAAGGAGAAACACUGUCUUACUACCUAGCCGCUCUGCUCGGGAUCACCAACGUGCCGCCGCUCGCGCUUUUGCGCCUCGAUGGCGAGCAGUGGACGCACGUGAGGCGGCGCAUGGAGGCGCUACAGUGGACGCCGAGUGCCGUGGUGUCCCUCAGCGAGUGGGUGGCCGAGCUGAGUCCGGCAGGCGUGCCUGCUCCUUUUCACCGCUCCGGCCUCGGGCUGCGCCCGCUACAGCCCGAGCUCCAAACCAAAACCAAAGCGGAGCUGCUCGAGCUGGUGCAGUGGAGCGACCUGGUCGUGCUCGACUACAUCACGGCCAACUUCGACCGGCUCGUGAGCAACCUGUUUAGCCUGCAGUGGGACGCCAAAGCCAUGGAGCGAGACGCGAGCAACCUGCUCAGGACUCCUCGCGGCAGCUUGGUCUUCAUCGACAACGAGGCUGGACUGGUGCACGGCUACCGUGUGCUGGAUAUGUGGGAGAAGUAUCACAGCGCGGCGCUCGGCUCGGUGUGCGUGUUCAGGAGGAAAACAGCGCGGCGCGUGGCGGAGCUGCACCGGCGAAGAGACACGCGCGCGCGCCUGCUCCAGCUCUACCGGGACAGCGAGCCUUUAGCGGCUGAGCUCGGCUUUCUCUCCGACGAGCAAGCCAGGAUACUGCAGGACAGAAUAGACAGAAUUCAUGAGCACAUUUUGCACUGUAAAGAAAAGCACGAAAAACUGUAAUGUUUUUGUCUUUCUGUUUUUUUUUUCCCUCUCGCGUGGAUCCUGCUAUCACAUUAGUAUGGAUAAGGACUGCUAGUUACCAAGGUGACCAUUACACCACGCGACCCGUGAACUGUGUUCAGUGUGACUUCUGAAUAUCUGGACUAGCUACCUCCUGUAGGGACAAACCUUUAAACGUGGCUGCAUAGGCUACCGUUUGUUUUGUAUAUGCGAUUACUUUUGGUUUUUAAAAGUCUUAAUUUCACAGGAAACAGUGCAUAUUACUUGUGAUAGAAUGAGUCAUGAUGAUGAGUCAAGUUCAUUGUAAACACACUGGAGAAGGGCCUAAGUGCUGAUGUAUGCUGCUUCUGCCAUUGUUGUCUUUUAUUAAUAGGGAUGCACUAAUCCCACUAUUUCCAUGUAGGACAGCCUUAAGAUAUUGUUAAUAAAGCUCCCCAAUCCUGAUCCAACCCUGACAUCCUAUCAGUAACCAGGCAACUUUUCUGCAAGCUUUGGUUGCCAAGUUUUGCAAAACAUCAGCCAUGUGACGGUGGAGUUUUAUGAUAUUUUGUGCCCGAAGGUCUGUCUUGGGCCAGUAAAAUAUGCUGUAAAAUAUAUCAGUGGCUCGGAUCAGAAAAUACAUCAUAUAAGAUCUAAUACUUAAUGAUCCAGCAUUUCAAGCAGUAUCAGACCCAAUGCCAAGCCUCAAUACUGGAUGGAUGAAUCUCUAUUUAUUAGAAUAUUGUACUCGAUAAACAGAAGGUUACAUCUGGAUUAACACGAGUCUGACAAUGUCUGUAAUUUAGUAACAAUGCUUAGUUUUUUGCAGAGUGUGGUGAAAUGGUAAUAUUGACACUGCUGAAAGGUCAGUGAUUCAUAUAAAAACACAUCUUUGAUUAUCUUCUGUAGCUUCACAAUUUCAUUCAUGGCCUUAAUGAAGUGGUGGGAUGUGCGUUGAAUUGAAAGUGUGUUGUGGGAUUUUGCUUUGUGAAGUCUGAAUUCUAUUUAACUAAUUUAAAUCACAAUAUGUGAUAACAUUCCAGUUCUUUUUUAUAUUAAAAAUUGUGUCAUUUUUACAUGCCAUUAAAUCUAGUGGAACUAAAGUGUUUCACUAUGUUGAACACAA